AUGGACGCCUUCAUCGCCGAGACGACGGCGGGCGGCCACGACACGGAUCAUGAAGACGAUCCUCAGCCAAAUAACACAACCACCGAGCCCGAGAACAAGUUCCAGAUGGCAAUAUCGGCAUGGAGGGGCGUCGAUCUCACUGGGCUGAUUCCUCAGCUGGAUGCCACCGCGACUGAAAUAGUCAACAAUCAGAAAGAUGCCUUGGUCGAGCGGAAAGAGGUGGCAUCAAGGACGAAGGAGUUCAGGAAACUUGAGGAUGCCGCCAAGCUGGGCGAGAUCAAGUCGUUGUUGAAAUCCUACCAGACAUUCAUCGAUCUCCUGACGACACACGGCAAGACGUCCUCGUCCGCCUUCCUACAGAUAUACACGCCCCUGUCCGACGCUCCGGACCCUUUCCCGCUGCUCGAAGCCUCAGUCGAAGCACUUGUCACGGCGGAAGAUACUCUGCCCAAGGUUCUUGCUGAGAACGCGGAACUACAAAAGAGAGUGAACAGACUCUCCUCACAACUCGAAGAGACGGAGGGGAAGCUACGAGAAGAGAGCACAGCUCGUAGGGAAACAGAUGCUGGAUCAGCAGACCUGAUCAACAAGAUUGAGGCCAAGUGGACGAAAGUUCUCGAAGAGAAACAGAGUAACUGGGAGGCCAAAGAGCGGGCAUUGGAGGAAAAGGUCGAGAACCAAGAUCGGCUGUUGAAAGAGCUGAAGGCCAGCUAUGAGGUUGCUCAAAGGCUCGGGCAGGAUGAAGAGAACCGUGGAGACAGCGUCUACGGCAAGGCCGCUACGGCAGAACUUGACAUGCUGAACUCGGAACUAGAGAAGACGAGCGCUCGCCUGGUUGAGAUGGAGACGAGAAAUGAGCAACUACGGCUAGACCUCGCCCGGGAGUCGUCACAGAAUGCAACACAGCAGUCGCAUGAAGACGAGGCCGAGCUCCUGAGGCUAAGAUCAGAGAACUCAUCACUGAUGCGCAAAAUCGAGUCAGCUCGUUUCGAAAAGACCUCCGAGAAGCGCGAGUGGCACGACAAGAUGCGGCAAGUUGAACGACAACGGUCACAACUCGCGGAAGAAGUUCAAGCGGCAAAGACCAAGCUACAGAAAUUCUCGAACUACGAUGAAUUGAAGCGAGAGCUUGAGGUCUUGAGAACGAUUGAAUUGUCAGCCGAGAACGAGGACGAGGACGACGCACCCACGACAAAUGGCAGCGCCGAUAAAGGCCAUGGUCAAAGUCUGGACAAAUUGCUCCUGGCUAAGAACAAAAAGCUGAGCAGCGAUAUGACGUUGCUCCGAGUUGCUCAUCAGGAUCUGGAACAGCAGCUUCGUGAUCUGCAGGAGGAAUUUUCGCAGACAAAUGCGGAACUCGAGAAAUCUCAGAAGCUAGCUUCCACACUCGAGAACGACUUGUUGAAGAUACAAGAAGAGGCAGACAAUGCAAUGCCAUCAUCUGGUAGGUCUGUUGCCGGAACUUACACCUCUCGGCACCCAGGCUCGAUGAGACGCGGUGGACGAGCCUCACCUACGUCUUCGAUCAUUUCUGGCUACGAUUCUAUACCACGGUCAGCAUCGGCGACGUUGGAGUCAUUACGUUCUGGUGAACCAGUUGGGGGUGGUUCCGGCAUCCUGCCUAUGAUACAGGCUCAAAGGGACCGCUUCAAGCAGAAAAAUCACCAGCUCGAGGAGGAACUACAGAAAACAUACGCUACUGUGACCUCACUGAGGCAAGAAGUCGCCUCACUUCAGAAGGACAACUUGAGCCUAUACGAAAAGUCACGCUACGUCUCGACAUACAGUCGAGGUGGCAACACAUCUUCAUCUGGCUACUCCGGCGGAAUCUCCCACACGAGGGUACACGCCGAGGAGGACCCAGAAGUCGACAAACGGUGGAAGUCAGCAUACGAAGCCAACAUCUCGCCGUUUGCAGCAUUCCGCGGCAAAGAGUCAACUCGAGCUUACAAUCGCAUGAGCCUGCCCGAGCGCAUGAUUUUCUCCUUGACAAGGAUUGUGCUUGCAACACGGAUAAGUCGGAAUAUCUUCGCCCUCUAUUGUGUGGCUUUGCAUCUGCUCGUCUUCUCCUUGCUUUACUGGACGGGGACGGCGGACAUCGAGAAGCAUAUGGUCGGCGAGAUCGGUGCGGCGGGCGCCGCUGUUGCUGGGGCGGCUGCCAAGGGAGGAGCAGCAAUGGGCGAAGCUGGUAGUGAGUGGCAGCAGGAAGGUUUUGGCUGA